AUGCAUGAAACAAACGACUCCAAUAUGGCGAAUGUGAGGGACAGUGAUACGUCGUUGUGGCUUCAUAACAAGCUUGGAACGUCAAAUGAUAGCUGGACCGGAAGUUCAAUUUGUUCGCAACUUAACGCAGAAGUACUACGGAACAUUAAAGAUUGUUUUCCAGACCUUCAAACACAAGUUAAACUCAAAUUACUUCUUUCAUUUUUUCACAUACCAAGACGGAAUGUCGAGGAGUGGCGCGUUGAGUUGGAAGAAAUCAUUGAAGUGGCAUCAUUGGAUAGUGAAUUAUGGGUGUCAAUGUUAUCCGAAGCGAUGAAAACUUUUCCAUCAACUGGUUCUUUAAAUACAGACAUCACAGAUCUAGAUGAACAUAGACCUAUUUUUGGAGAGCUAGUCAAUGAUCUUCGAAAGCUAUUGAAAAAGCAAAAUGAUCCAGCUAUGCUUCCAUUAGAAUGUCAUUACCUUAAUAAGACUGCGCUUACAUCAGUAGUUGGUCAACAACCUGCACCAGUUAAACACUUUACUUUAAAGAGGAAACCAAAAAGUGCUGCAUUAAGAGCAGAGUUGCUUCAGAAGAGUACUGAUGCAGCUAGCAAUUUAAAAAAGAGUACUGCUCCUACAGUGCCUGUAAGGAGUAGAGGAAUGCCCAGAAAAAUGACAGACACUACACCUUUAAAAGGUAUUCCUAGUAGAGUUCCCACAAGUGGUUUUCGAUCUCCAUCUCUUACAAGCUCCUCUAUGUCUACAAGGACACCGCUCAGUAACAGAAUGCGUAAAGAUGGUGGUAUUAAACUAUUAGAUAUUAAUGAGCAACCUCUAGGAUAUGCUCAGGCAAAGAAACGAAAGAGAAUGAUGGAAUUAGAGGAGCAACAAAAAAAGGUGGCAGAAGCUCAAGCAGCAGCAGCUGCUGCUGCAACAACAACAACGACUACUACAGAAACAUCAACAACUCCAGAAUAUGCUCAAGGAUUAACUUCAAUCAAUCCACCUGCAACUCCAAUUACUCCUGUUGUAUCUGUACAGUCUUAUGCAACACCUACUACUCCAAGCGGAGUAUCAGUAGUAACUACUCCAGUAACUCCUACAACAUCAAGUACACCUACGACACCAAGUACAGUUUUACCUGUUGCAACACCAACUGUCAUUACACCAGUUGAAAGUACACCUGUUGGAGUGCAAACGGUCAGACCACCUCAAACAGUUACGCAAAUUCGUAUACAAACCACCGCACAACCUGCUAACGCAGCUGCAAAUACAAGAAAGGGUCUUUCUCUUACGCGCGAGCAAAUGUUAGAAGCACAAGAGAUGUUUAGAACAGCCAACAAAGUAACUCGUCCAGAGAAAGCUCUUAUAUUAGGUUUCAUGGCAGGAUCCAGAGAUAAUCCAUGUCCAAAACUUGGUAACAUAGUCACGGUAAUGCUUUCGGAAAACAUAGAAGAAGUGACUCAACCAGACGGAACAACUGUACCAAUGUUAGUUGAAACACACUUCCAAAUGAAUUACACAAAUGGUGAAUGGAAGAGGAUAAAAAAAAAUCGACGAAUCGUUACAGAGGAAUCUACGUCUACUACAACACCUGCGCCAACUGCAACUGCUACGGCUUCCAAUUAAAGAACAGAGAAAGAAAUUGUUGUCAAAUUAUGGUUACAUAUGUCAAUAUUUCUGUCGCUGUUUGGAUGGUGAUUUUUAAAAAAAUUCAGUUUCUAUGGAUAGAGAAAAAACUUCAGUACGCAUGGGUACUGUACGUGGUUUGUGUAUCUUGUAUAAAGUAAAUAGAUUUGUAUACAAUGUUUCUCUAACUAAGCUUGGAAAUACGAUAGUACUGUAUCGAUCAAAGUAAGCUUCCAUAGGGACAAUGACGAUAUAGAAGGAGCAGGAAUUUUUAAAACCUUAAUUUUGAUGAUAUUAUUAAAAUAGUAAUUAUAAUCAUUAUUAAAAGUGAUUUAGAAACAAUGUAAUUCAAAUUUAAAUUUUUCCGCGUAAACGUUUAUACGCAAGUAGUGGGCGGCCACGGGCCUUAUAUAUGUAUGUACAUGGGGUCCUCCACCUCAUCGUCCUCCCGAGAGGAUCCAGACCCUGGAAGCCCGAGAAAGGGGAGGCCUCCGAAGAGGACCCGGAACCCGGGUACCCGUGAAAACCUAUGGGAGCCCGGGGCAUUGCCAUUUUCCCUGGGGAAGCCUACCAUGCUCAGUACUGUACAAAUUAAAAUUGCAACGUUGAAAACGGAAAAAGGUUAUCACCUUAAAGAUACAUGCAAGGAGCAAUUGUAUACUUUAUUUUCAUUCUUCAAAAUCAAAGUGCGACCAAGUAACGGACUUCCAUUUUUUUCUUUUUUUAAUUGGAAGUAACGUUUAAUGUCAAUCUCAGUUUAGUUUCAAAUGUUAGAAAUAAAAAUCUAUUUCUAACGCGUAUCUGGUUUCACCAACAAUGAAUAAAUUUUCUAAUCAGUUAUUAUUUAAUUAAAGAGUUAAAUGCUGUUUAACAAUGAAUAGUGUGAUAUUUCGCAUUGUAGGAGAAACCAAACAUUUUUAAUUUAAAUGUAAUGAUCGUAAGUUGAAUU